UCGCUUCCUGGAGGUUUACUAAGAUUUACAGCAAUAUAACCAACCAACGGAAUUCCAGCGUUCAAGCUCACACCGCUGAGUGUAACCGACAGUUUUCGGAACUGCCACUUUCAUAGGUGAAUACAGAACUGCUACACCACAUUUACUACUUCAAGGCAUUACAUCGUUUGUUUGUGCAAGUAUUUGUUUACGAUUAAUUCCAAGUUUUAUUGCGUUACAGAAGGAUUUGAAUUCGAUUAAUUUGAAAUAAUCAAACUGUGAAACGGCGGACAAUUAACGACAUCAAAUUGAGGCAUUUGAUUUUCGUACAAAAGAGAAUUGAAUAACACAUAUUUUUCUGACAAAAAAAAUGUGUACGGAUUUUAAAUUAAAAAUGCUAUACGACAAAUCGAUUAUUAACGGUGAAAGAAAAACUUACGCCUAAACAAUAUAGGCGUCCAUGAUUUCCAACAGUUUUACGCAAGAAGCGUGCACCAAACACUCGGAAGAUUACGAAGUUACAGAAAUGAUCGACUAUGGAAGCUUUGGUGACAUUUUCAAAGUUAAAACUGUAUCUGAUAACAAAAUAUAUGCAAUGAAGCAGAUCAAAUACAGGGGAUUAUUCCAAAACGACCCUUAUAUAAUGAACGAAAUAUACUGCCUAACUCAUCUGAAGCACAAAAACAUUAUCUGUCUUCACGAAAUCAUCAUUGACACUGAUGAAAUACACAUCAUCAUGGAAUAUGCAGCAAACGAAAGCCUUGACAAGUUCUUGGUCGACCACAAAGACAUGGAAUUCCACCACAGAUAUAAGCUGUUUUCACAGACAUUGCAGGGCGUCAUGUAUUGCCAUGAUAUGGAUGUAGCACACAGGGACUUGACACCUUCCAAUAUCCUCCUCACCAAGGACAUGGUCGUCAAAAUAGCGGACUUUGGGCUAGCUGUGAAAUGUUUCACAGAGUCUGGCGAGCCAGUCUACUGCACAGACUACAUCGGUCACACGUCCUACCUGGCACCAGAGGUCCUUUCACAGAACCCAUUCCUUCCCAAGCCAGCGGACCUGUGGAGCCUGGGUAUCACCCUUCUUUUCCUUAUAUUCUAUUCCGUCCCCUAUAACGGACUCCAAGAGGACGUACUUAAAGAUAUUUUACGAGACACCUGGACUACUUUUGUUGAAAGUAAAUCAAAAACUGCAGGGAUAGUGGUGAAACAAGACAUUGUGAACAUUGUUGAGAGCUGUUUACGAGUGAAAGUAAACUCUCGUCCGAGCAUAUGUGACUUGAUCAGAGAGUGGGACAACAUAGCCCCUGACUCACUGCUGGAUACGGAAACAUUUACGGUCGGGUCUAAAUAGAACUAUGUUCUUUGGUUGUGUUCUAAUUGACAGUGCUUCAUGCGUUUGUAAAGUAAUACAAUUAGGCGAACUACUAAGUCUUAUUUCUGAUGAAAAUUGUAUUUGUAUAUAUUUGUCUUGACAGUGAGCAUUUUCGUUGAUGGUCAUAUUUAAAAUGAUCUCAGUCAUUACAAGUUUUACAAACUGCAGUGUUUGACGAUCGUGACAUGCACUGUUUGACGAUCGUAUUCAGAUUCAUUGAUACUCGUCCACGGGGCGAAAACUAGCCAUAGUUAACAUACCAAGUCUCAUCACGUAUUGGCCAUUCCUUGUAGGGUAAAAUGAGUACGUUAUUUUGCACGCACAUAAGCUUUUUCAUAAGCUUUUUUAAUGUACCGGAGGCAAGUAUAUAAAAUUAUAUGAUUAUGCACAAAUAUUUAUUAACAGACGGAUAUUUAUUAAUUAAUUUUCUAUGUCUUUAAUACGUUUUUAUGUAUAUUUAAAAUAAUUCUAGUUUUUAUUGAAUGUUUGAAAAAUAAAUUAAAACAAAACGCAA